UUUAUUAUAAAAUAACCAUAAUUCAUAAUCAUAUUUAAAUGGCCAAACACGAAUAUAUUUCUCACUUGUCAUAAGAAACAUACCUGAAUUAACCAGGGACCACAUAAAAGGCCCUCCAAACAGGCAUCAAUGUACUUGCUCUCUCUGACAUGAUGCCUCUGUGAGAAGCACUUAUUAGCCACCAACCAAUUCUCAAUUUACAAAGCCUUUGGAACACAUUUCCCCAAGGCCUAUUUUUCCCACAAAUGGAGUAUCAAGAUGAGGAUCAUUUAUGUUUUACUAUGGAAGAGUUUGCUCUUGCUACUGAAAAUGUUAGUAGCAGGCAAAGGAUGAGUAGGAAGAGGAACUAUGAUGAUGACACAAGAGUGUACAAAUCAAAGAACCUUGAGAUUGAAAGGAGAAGGAGGGAGAAACUCAGUACAAGGCUUUUGAUGCUGCGGUCUAUAAACCCUAUCAUCACAAAUAUGAAUAGAGGAACAAUUAUUGUAGAUGCUAUCACCUACAUUGAGAAGCUGCAACACGAAGUCCAGCGUCUCAGCCAAGAGCUUCACCAAUUGGAAGCAACUUCAGAGAAAACAGCAGAGGCAAAAGUAGAUGAAAUUGAUGCUGUGGAGGAUAUGAAGCAUUGGGGGAUACAGGCUGAGGUCAGAGUGGCACAGAUAGAUGAGAAUAAACUCUGGGUCAAGAUCAUCAUUGAGAAGAAGAGGGGAAGAUUCAGCAAAUUAAUGGAGGCCCUCAAUAAUUUUGGCAUUGAGCUCAUUGACACCAAUUUUACAACCACAAAAGGUGCAUUUCUGAUUACAAGCUGCAUACAGGUUAAGGAUGGUGAAAGACUUGAAAUUAAUCAGAGCAAGAGUUUGUUGCAAGAGAUUAUCAAUGACAUAUAAAGCAAGUCCGAAUAGACUUGGUUAUUUUAUUUUAUUGUCACAUGGAGAUUACAGUACUGCUAUGAUUUUGAGAGGUUUGCUUAUGAAAUAAAUAAAAAAAUAGAAACUAUAGGUUAGUUAGAUAAUAUGUAUAAUAUGUUGGAUAAUGCAAACACUCUAAACGUGUCACUUAGGUUGAGUACUGGUUUUUACUCCGGUUCAUCUUCUUUC